AUGCGCGAUGAGGUUGGUGACAGUCUACUCUGGCCAAUGCCUGACAAGAUCCCGCGUUUUGGGCCUGAGGCCACCGUCCCAACAGCUGCAGCUGAUCAGUGGAAAUCCAAGGUUCAAGACCUCUUGCAACUUCACUGGGAUGCUCUACCCGAAGCACUGCGAGAGGCAGUUGAGCCCAGUUUGGAGCCAGUGGAAGUUGACAAGAAGGAUGACCCCCAAGCCAUCACGGCUAGGUACAAAGCGCAGUCGGCAAAGUUGCGGACGCUGGGCCAGAGAAAGCUCCAGUUGGAAGCCAGAGAGGAGAAGCUGCAGCAGCAGCUCCAGGAGGUUCAACAGGAGGUCCGCAAGGUACAAGAGGAGGUUGGAACAGCCCAAAAAGAAAUGGAAGAAAUCUCCAGCAUCUUUGCCGUCAAGGUCCUCAAGCCGAAUCUCAUGGAACCGGAAGUACCCCCUCCAGCUGAUGUGGCGCAGUCCCCAUUGGUCCGAUUCCAAGCCUUGUUGGCAGAGCUGGGCGACAAACUCACGGAUGAGCAGAGGGAUGAGCUGCAGAUGCUGUGCUUGGGAGUACUGCAAGACGCCAGCAACAAACGGCCCAAGCGCAACCCCGCUGAGCCUAACAAUGAUGCACCAACGCCGGAGGCACCCCCCUGUCGAAGGGUUUUCAUGUCACAGGCGUUGCUGCUAAGGUUUGCAAAGGUGAGGUUGGUCUUGGUGUCCAUCUACUUGAAGGAUGGUGAAGGCGUGUAUGGUGACACCAACAGUCGAUUGUUGGAGGAGUUGUCGGCUUUCCUAACGGCUCUCAGCGAGCCGUGGAUUGUUGCAGGCGACUUCAACUGUGUCAUAUUGUGA